CACAGAAAAAAAUAACGGGAAACUUGGUAGGAACGUUUUAUAGCAGGUUGCGUUUUCUCACCGGGUCGUUGUUAGUGGUGAACCAUCGAUGCGAUCAGAAUGGAAGUAAAAGAUGCCAAUGCUGCUAUGCUAAGCAAUUUUGAGGUCUAUCAGCUGCUGGCAGAUUUGAAAGAGAAAAGAAAGGAAGUUGUCAAAAAUAAGCACAGCACUGGGCAGCAGAAUCUCAACACCAUCAUGUAUGAGACUCUGAAGUACCUCUCCAAGACGCCAUGUGUCCAUCAGAACCCAGAGACGGUGAACAACUUCCUUACUGCCAUGCUGCCUCACAAACUCACCAAAGCUGAGAAGUUGCAACUCCUUAACCACAGACCUCAGACUGCUGUUGAGAUACAACUGAUGGUAGAAGAGAGUGAGGAAAGACUGACGGAGGAACAGAUUGAUGAACUCAUACAGAAAGUCACAGAUGUACUACCUGGUGACCCCCAGAAAGAAGACAGUGCAUCUGCUGAUCCUGAGAUGGAGGCAGACCAGUAACAAUUAUUUUAUUUUCAAGCACAGAAGAAAUGGACGUAAAACUUGUUGACUGGGCUGGUGAAGAAUCCAUUAUAUUAAUGUGAAUAAACUUCAGCCGAAGAUACAUUUAGAAAAAAAUUGAAAUGUAAUGCCGACCUAAACAAAAACCUGUAUUUAUUCCCCUAUAAUGUAUAUAUUAUAAAUACAUGCAGUCAUGAAAUGCCAUUUGUGUAUUUGUAAUUUAAACUUUUGAGGAAAGGAUUUCAAUCUGUAUCCGCAUCCUCUCUGGUGCUUAUACUGUUGCUCUGUAAUUGGCAAACAAUUAUGUUGUAUAAGCAAGUAAACCUGUUUUUUGGUCUGUUUAUAAUUUGUCAUGCUGCCACGGUCGUGUGUAACAGCAAAGUUGUAUUGAGCUUUUGAAAGAUCAAGGUUUACCAAGGCAGGUAUCUAUAAAGUUGCUUUAUGUGA